AUGAGGGCGCUUGGGUUUGAGCCCGGACACAUUUCCUUGUCACACCGCCACUCUGUACACACACGCUUCUGCAGGAUGGAGGGUGGUGAUGUGAACACUCCAGAGAGCAGCACGUUGCAGACUAAAGACAGAGGAGAAGCAUCUCUGAAGAUACAGUACGUCACAAACAAAGAGACAUUUUACGAAUUCCUGGCUGCUGGGUUGAAGAGUGAGAAAGCUGAAGAUCAAAAUAUAUCAGGUGAAGCUCCUGAAGAUGAAGCAGAACCAAGUGGAGAACCAGAGACGAAGAAGAGGAAAUUGGACGACGAUAAACAGACGGGAGAGAAGAAGAAACGGAGAGGACAGAACAAGUCGAGACCUCGCCUGAAACCUCACAGCUACGAGGAACGAAGACUCUGUCCCUCCGUUAUACAGGAGUCUGGGAGGAAGUGUUUCUAUGGUGAUAAGUGUAUCUUCAUCCAUGAUGUGGCUGAUUACAUGUCCACCAAAGCCACAGAUCUGGGAGACGCCUGUUACCUUUAUGACACCUUCGGCAGAUGUCCAUAUGGAAUCACCUGCAGGUUUGCUAAAGCUCACACAGGCCCUGAUUACAAAAACCUGGUGAAUGAGGAACUCUGUAAAAGCCUCAAUAGAAGCGGAGCUGUGAGGAACAAUCUGGAUAAAGAGCUCCAGAGACGACUCAGGAAGAGACAAGUGUCCUUCAAACGGACUGAAGACUUCCUGAAGAGCAUCAGUGCAGGGAAAAACCAAAACAAGAAGUUGACUGGGUCAGAAAACACACUGAAUAAGGCAGGACAGGAAGAGGAAGUGAGCCGGUGUGAGAACAAACAGGAAGUUCCUGCUGCUGAGCUCAAAGCUGAGGAGAGUCAGACGAAGCCUCCUGUGAAAACCAUUGGGCCGUUAACGGAUGAUGACAUCAUCAAACUGCGCCCAUGUGAGAAGAAGCAGGUAGAUUUCAGAGACAAGCUCUACCUGGCUCCAUUAACAACAUGUGGGAACCUGCCAUUCCGUCGUGUGUGUAAGCGUUUUGGAGCUGAUAUAACAUGUGGAGAGAUGGCCAUGUGCACAAACCUGCUGCAGGGUCAGGCAUCUGAGUGGGCUUUGCUCAAGAGACACCACACUGAGGACAUCUUUGGAGUGCAGCUGGAAGGAUGUUUCCCCGACACCAUGACCCGCUGUGCUGAGCUUCUCAACCACAACAUCGACGUGGACUUUGUGGACAUCAACUGUGGCUGUCCCAUAGACCUUGUGUACAAGAAGGGUGGUGGAUGUGGCCUGAUGGCCAGGACAAACAAAUUUGAGCAGAUAGUCAGAGGAAUGCACUCUGUUCUGGACGUACCUUUAACAGUGAAAAUCCGUACAGGAGUGCAGCAGAAUUGCAACAUCGCACACAAACUCAUCCCUGAACUGAAGAAGUGGGGUGUGUCUAUGAUCACGUUACACGGUCGAUCCAGAGAACAGCGUUACACUAAACUGGCUGACUGGAGUUACAUCGACACCUGCUCUAAACUCUCUGCUCCUGUCCCACUGUUCGGUAAUGGUGACAUUCUGACAUAUGAAGAUGCUAUGAGGUCCAGAGAGACAGGAGUGUCUGGAAUCAUGGUAGCGAGAGGUGCCCUCAUUAAACCGUGGCUCUUCACUGAGAUUAAGGAGCAGAGACACUGGGACAUCUCAUCCUCAGAACGUCUCCAGAUCCUUCAGGAUUUCACACACUUUGGUUUGGAGCACUGGGGCUCGGACACACAGGGGGUGGAGAAAACACGCAACUUCCUGCUCGAGUGGCUCUCCUUCACCUGCAGGUACAUCCCAGUGGGACUCCUGGAGCGUGCACAAAAGAUUAAUGAACGUCCUCCAUAUUAUCUGGGUCGUGAUUAUCUGGAGACUCUUAUGGCAAGUCAGCAUGUGGAUGACUGGGUCAGGAUCAGUGAGAUGCUGCUGGGUCCUGUGCCAAAGAACUUUAGCUUCCUGCCCAAACACAAAGCUAAUUCCUAUAAAUAAAGUGGAAACAAAGCGACCUGAACACCGAUGACUGAACUUUUAUUGAUGCUGUAGACUGAAGUAGAGUGUAUCAGUGAUGAACAUCUGACAGAAAUAAAGUUUAUUAGAUAAAA